AUGUUCAGGAGACACCUCAGCUCGCUGCCCAAGAUCAAGGUCAAGUCGCCGCUCGUGGAGCUCGACGGCGAUGAGAUGGCGCGCGUCAUCUGGGCACGCAUCCGGUCCCGGCUCGUUCUGCCGUUCCUCGACGUGGACCUGCACUACUACGAUCUCUCGAUCCAGAACCGCGACCGCACAGAGGAUGCCGUCACACAUGAUGCGGCGCACGCGAUCGCGCGGCACGGCGUGGGCGUGAAGUGCGCGACGAUCACUCCGGACGAGGCACGUGUCGCGGAGUUCGGGCUCAAGCGCAUGUGGCGGUCGCCUAACGGCACAAUACGCAACAUCCUGGGCGGCACCGUGUUCCGCGAGCCCAUUGUGAUCCCGCGCGUGCCGCGGCUGGUGCCCGGCUGGCAGCAGCCCAUCAUUAUCGGUCGGCACGCGCACGGCGACCAGUACCGGGCCACGGACACCUUGGUGCCCGGGCCUGGCAAGCUGGAGCUCGUGUUCCGGCCUGCGGGCCGCGGCGCGGCCGCGGCCCGCACGCUGCACGUGCACGACUUCGAGGGCGCCGGCGUCGCGCUGGCGAUGUACAACACGGACGAGUCGAUCCGCGGCUUCGCGCACGCGUCGUUCCGGCUCGCGCUCUCCAAGCAACUCAACCUCUUCCUCGCGACCAAGAACACGAUCCUCAAGCAGUACGACGGCCGCUUCAAGGACCUGUUCCAGCAGCUUUACGACGCGGAGUACCGCGAGGCGUUCGAGCGCGCAGGCAUUUCAUACGAGCACCGCCUCAUCGACGACAUGGUCGCGCAGAUGAUCAAGUCGCGCGGCGGCUUUGUGCUCGCGCUCAAGAACUACGACGGCGACGUGCAGUCCGACAUCGUCGCGCAGGGCUUCGGCUCGCUGGGCCUCAUGAGCUCGGUACUCAUCACUCCCGACGGCAAUGCAUUCGAGAGCGAGGCCGCCCACGGCACAGUCACCCGCCACUUCCGCCUCCACCAGCAGGGCAAGGAGACCUCGACCAACUCCAUCGCGUCCAUCUUCGCGUGGACCCGCGGCCUCGCCCGCCGCGCGGACCUCGACGGCACCCCUGCCGUUGCGGACUUUGCCCACGCGCUGGAGGGCGCCACGCUACGUACGGUCCAGGACGACGCCAUCAUGACCAAGGACUUGGCCCUGGCCUGCGGCAAAACCGACCGCACCGCCUACGUGACCACGGACGAGUUCCUACAGGCCGUCGAAGACAGGCUUCAGCGUGAGCUGCGCUCCAUCCAUUGA